AGAAAUUUAUUCGCUUGUGGCUCUGACAAUAUUCCAUACUAGCAUGAGGUAUUGAGUUUUUACAAGAAACAGCCUUUAACCUUUGAAAUUAAAUAUACAAGUAAAUUACAGAACAAAUAGUGUGUAUAUAUAUCAUGUGAGCGGAAGAAAUAUUGACUGAAAACGUGAAAUUUAUAUAGAAAUUAUAGAUCUACAUUAGAGACUAUCAGGUUUCAGCUUUGAAAAAGAGGAAAACAGAGUUUUAACACAUCAAAGCAUUAUAAUUAUAAUUAUCAAAGAAAAAAAAAUUGUGAAUGAAAAUUGAAACCACUUACCUAACAUAUCCUGCAGUGACUGCAAUUGACUGCUUUCCUUUUAUAAAGUUAUUAUAGUUGUUAAUGACCUGAACUUUGAACAAAGAAUUCAUCAAAGAUUUGGAAUUAAUUAUGGAGAGAAGACUUAAUUUUAAAGCUUGAAAUAGAACAAUUGUGGUCUUGGAAUAAAGGGAUUUUUAAUACAGUAACAAAGAAUUCAAUAGAAUAAAUACUGAAUGCUAUGGAAUAGCUAGGAUUGUCAAACAUAGCAUAUGUGAAAGUGUUUCAAAAUUUUACAAAAUUAAAAAAAGUGUUGUUAUAGUUUUUAAUGUAAAAGUCUACAGGUUGCAUGUGUAAUUCAGAAGAACAGUAUAUAUAGUCACAUGCAGUCAAGAUAGAUUCUGAUCCAAUAAAGCAAUGUAUUCAAAGCUGCCGAGCGAAAUAAAAAAUAGUGAAAAUUGUUCAUAGAUAAUGGAGUUAUUUCAACAAUAGAAGAUGAUCAUUCUACUUAUAAAGUGAUAAUAAUGGGCUGCGUGUUUAACAUAAACCAUUAUACAACAUAUGUGGAUUUUCCAGCCAUGAAUCCUCGGUUACUGAUAAAAGCAAGACCAAGUGAAAGAACAGGGGAAGAUUUAGAUAUCAUCUAUUCUAGAUUGAAGGAUAUAAAGGUAUUUGAAAAGUUCCAUCCCAUGUUACUACAACAGAUCUGUUACUAUGGUUAUUAUGAAGAUCUGGAAAAAGGUGUCACCUUGUUUAGACAAGGUGACAUAGGGACAAAUUGGUAUACUGUGCUGUCAGGAUCAUUAGAAGUACAAAUUUCUGAAUCCGGCGAUCUUGCGGAAUCUGUGACAUUAUGUACAUUAGGACCUGGGACUUCAUUCGGAGAGUCUGUACUUACUAACCGACCACGUCAUGCUACAAUUAUAACCAGGGACAACACUGAAUUGAUCCGUGUCGAACAGAAGGAUUUUAAGAUUCUCUGGGAGGUAUAUUAA